AUGGCGACAUCCGUUCCUCUGUUGAAAAAUUUCGAAAUAAAUGUGUCUCUAACAGGUGUUGCAGAAUUGGCUUUUAAUAAACCUCAAAAGUACAAUGCUUUGUCGCCUGAUAUGUACAAAGAUUGGCUCACAGCACUUCAAUGGGCUGCUCGUUGUGAUGCAGUGAAAGUGGCUGUUUUGACAGGCCGUGGACACUAUUACACUUCUGGUAAAGAACUGGUUUUGAACGAACAACCAGAGGAGAAAGAGAAAGUAAUGGAACAAAGAAAAGAAUUGAUUCACUUUCCCAAACUCUUGAUUGCAGCUUAUAAAUCUGUAGGAAAUGCGAUUGGUUUUGGUGUUACGUCUAUGGCAUUAUGUGAUGUCAUUUACGCUGUGCCUGAAGCCACCUUUCAUACACCUUUUAUGAAAUUAGGUUUCUGUGCAGAAGCUUGCUCUUCUUAUCUGUUCCCAAAGAUAAUGGGCCGUUCUAAAGCGAACGAAAUGCUGCUCAUGGGGCGCGUAUUUACUGCGGAUGAACUCUCCCAAUGUGGCUUUAUCAGUUGUACGCUUCCUUCUGAAGGAUUCCGCGAAAGGGUGCUUGCUAUUGCUGAAGACGCGGCCAAAUUCUCAGCAGAAGCCAUUGCCGUCACAAAGAAAUUGAUCCGCGAUACAGACCGUGAUGUGUUAUUGAAAGUGAAUAAAGAAGAAAUGGCAAGGUUGACAGAACGUUUAGCGUCUCCAGAUUCUCAGGCAGCGGUGGCAGCUUUUGUGGAUCAAGCGAGAAGAAAGAAAGAAAGCAAGCGGGCAAAAAAGAAACUACAACAACAACAACAGUCACCAACACAGCACACCAGUCGACUUUAA